CAGAGUCACAGCCCGUGCCGCAGGCAUUCGAGCAGCGGCAGCCUCUGUGGCGCCCAGCGACUCGUUCUGGAGUUGCGCCACUCCAGAUUCUGUGCCUCCUAAGCAGUAAGCUGUCGCAUUUGUACAUCUCUGAACAAGCAUCAAGCCGUAUCCUGGUGUGGUCUUGUCUUUCAGUCGACAAUAUUAAUAGUAGGGUAGACGUCAAGCAGCUUGGAAUAAUGGGUCGGUCAAAGAAGAAGAAGGAAGUUAAGCCUUGGUGCUACUAUUGUGACAGAGAGUUUGAGGAUGAAAGCAUCCUCAUCCAGCAUCAAAAGGCAAAGCACUUCAAGUGCCAUGUCUGCUACAAGAAGUUGAGCACAGCAAGCGGGAUGGUGGUGCACGUUCUGCAAGUUCACAAGGAAACCUUAACCAAGGUACCAAACUCGAAGCCGGGACGGGAUUCGGUGGAUCUUGAGAUUUUUGGCAUGGAGGGUGUUCCGCACGACGCCAUCAAUGCAAAAUUGAGAGGGGACGAAGUACCAGAUGGUUCAAAGCCAGCGAAGAUGCCAAAAGUGGAGAUUCCAUCACUGCCAGUACCCGGAACAGGUCAGCCACAGGUCACACCUGGAUCGCAGCCAAUGUUUGCACCUGGCAUCCCCCAGUUUCGACCCCCUCCUCAGUAUUCUCAACAAGCUGGCUUCAAUCCUGGUUUCCGCCCAAUGUUCAACCCAGGGAUGCAGCCUUUCCAGCCUGGGAACAGCCGCCCUAGCCCCAUGCCAAUGCCUGGCCAGCCCCCACAACCUUACCACUUCCAAGUCCCCCAGUAUGGGUCGAUGGGGCCCUACGGAGCCCCUAUGCAGCAGCCGAACGCUCAGCAGUAUAGGCAGAUGGCCCCUCCGUUGAGGCCCCCCCAACAGCAGCCUCUGUUUCCGAUUCAGCAGCAGCAACCACUCUUCCCCAUUGGCAGUGCAGCCCCAGGUAGUACAGGGCUCGCUGCAGGCAUGACUGCGCCGGGGUUGAGCCAAGGGACGCAACAGAAACCACCGCUCUUUCCAGGGGUGGCAGUAGCAGGCCUAGUGUCUCCUGUGGGAGUUGGCCUCGGUGCUGGAACACCCUCUCCUGGUCUUCCCAACGGGCAAACAGCAGGAGCAACGGCCGGGCCCGUUCUUGUUUGGAACAACGAGAUGCUUUCGCCGGAGGAAGUGCGAGCUGGGAUGCAUAAGUAUCAGCAGCUUGCCUGACGAGUUUUCGCCCAUAAGAUGAGGAACCUUCUGUGUCUUGUUACAGUCGAGACUUGUGUGCUCCUUGACGUUUUAACUUAGCGUCUAUGUGUGCUCUCUAUCAAAGGUUCGAUAGAGAACCUGCCAAUUCAGUGGUAAUGGCUUCCGGCUAGCGGAUCCAUUACUUCGUCCUAGGUAAAACAUUGAGAAUCUUUGCUAGUGGACUGGCUGCAAAAGCCUAAAAGUAAACUCAACGUCCUUCGCGGCGAAUGAGAUGCGUUCCUCUUCAAAAGGCACUACGUGAUCGGAC